GUCUUACCUAAAAAUAUUGCUCUGUACAGUCCACUGUAGAUGCGUUUUACAUGACGUGCGUGUCGUUUACAGUCGUGAGGAUUAAACCAAGCGGGAUGUACGCGUUUACAAACACUACGGCUUUUUAAAACGUAUAUUUGGUGAGUGAAAAUCGGAGCGCUGGCUGUUGAGGCGGUUGUUUGUUUUUUCAGACUAACGUUAGACAGACAGCAGACACAGCGGGCUGCGGAAAGCGAGCUCCCUGAACACAAGAGGAGCCUGGCGAGUUCGUAAAAGCCACAUAGACGUGAUUUUGGAGGGUUUGUGUUGUCGUGCAGGGUCAGCUCAAUGGGGAACUGUCUGUCUUCUCAAGGCGCUGAUGAUCUGUCCCUGCUCAACGAGUCCGAGGGGGCGAGUCUGCCCGGAGAGCCUCCGCCACCAUACCAGGAGCGGGCGCAGGUGCCGGUGUACCACCCCACACCCAGUCAGACCCGCCUGGCCACGCAGCUGACAGAGGAGGAGCAGGUCCGCAUCGCACAGCGCAUCGGCCUCAUCCAACACCUUCCCCGGGGCAUCUUUGACCCGGGAUCAGAGCCCUCCGACAAGAAGGUCAAAGAGUGUGUGAUCUGCAUGAUGGACUUUGAGUAUGGCGACCCGAUCCGGUUCCUGCCCUGCAUGCACAUCUAUCACGUGGACUGCAUCGAUGCCUGGCUCAUGCGCUCCUUCACUUGCCCCUCCUGUAUGGAGCCGGUGGAUGCUGCGCUGCUGUCUUCCUACGAGACCAACUAAGAGUGCCUGCGACAAUCCGAGGGACAUGCCAACACGAGUCUGCCAAAUACCGGGACAGUAGAUUGAGCAAAUGAAGGUGGUGUGAAUAUAUGUGUGUGUGUUUUCAGAGACUAUAAAAAAACAGUAUUAGAAAGCUCCCGAAAGGUGUUAAAAACCUCUCAUUUGCAUGUCAAAGUGCUCAUCGAACACAUACUAUAUAUGUAAUUGAUGUAAACAUGAAGUUCAGCAUGGUGGAAAAACCAUCAGCAUUGAUGAAAUGAAGAUAGAGACAAUUUAAAGGGGUAGUUCACCCAAAAAUGAAACUUCUGUCAUCAUUUAAUCACAUUUUACUUGUUUUAAACUGUUUCUUGAACUCAAAUGUAGGCUCAAAAAUGUUUUUUGCUGCUUGUUCAAUUGAAAAUGAGUUGAAUCAACACAAUUCUUGUGCUUUUUGGGGCACAAAUCAAUUGUUUAAUGUUCAAUUUAAUUACAUUUGUAAAAACAAUUAAGUUAACUAAAUCAAUUUGUGUUGGGAUAAUGGCUUCAGCUUGUAUUUCACAGAAUAAAGGAUCUCAUUAAGGUAUAAAACCACCUAAAAUUGAGUAAAUAGUGCGAAAAUGUUCAAUUUAGGGUGAAAUGUUCCUUUAAAUAUGCGAAUUGGGAGCCAUUUAAACUACUUAUUUACUUUUUUUCCUUCUCAUUCCUACCAAAUGAAUCCAAUGUGCAAUAUGUAGAGGCUUGUUCCCCCUCUGAUUGAAUAUGAAUCUGCCCUUCCACCAAUGAGACUGAGUCUGGGUUUGAUGCGAGCGUGAUUUUAAUGGCACAGAAUACUGAAAACCUUCAUUACAUCAGUAAAACCCAGUUUACUCGAGAGCGUGUGCCAUGUUUGCCAGCUCGUGAUGCACUAACCGGCGUUUGAGGAGGUAGUUUUAUGUUUUCUUAUAAUUUUGUCCACUACAGAUGGCUGCGUCAACAUCUAAAUAGCUUAACAAUGAGUUGUUAAGUGUUGUGAUAUGUCGUUUAACCGUAAUGGGGUCGGUGAUGAGGUUGUUUAGUGGUAGACUCUGAGUUUUGCCUCGUAAGCUGCUGUUUUUUCCUGGUUCUGGGAUGUAUGUUGCCUUUUUACACUGGUUUUGGAUCAUCUUUUCCCUGUUUUCGUGUGUUACGUGUUGGAUCCUGUUCGUCCAAUUUUAGCUUUGCCUUGAAUUUGCCUUGUAUGUUUGGAUAGAGCUGUGGGGAAAGUUUUCAUUAUAUUUAAAGAGAUAAUGAUACAAUCACCAAACUUUUGUGCACCUUUUAAAUGUUGCCGACUGAAAGUCGACAUUUACAGUGGAAGCUUUAACGUUAUUCCUUGGUUUUUUCCUGAUUAGUGGAAAUCUUUUAAUUUUUCUUGACUUGGACAUAAUGAAAUGAAAAAGGAGUAUAUGCUUAGUCAGUUUUGAUACUGUUCGUACUGUCUUUGACUGUAUGUUAGCUGAAGAUUUGAUCUUAUACCAAUCACAGUUUGCAAAAAGGAAGAUUUUUCACCUUUGUUGUUUUGUUUGCUCCAUUAUCGUGCUGGAUUUACGUUACGGAACUGUUUAAAGCCCCAUCUUUAGACUAAGACUAUAUUCGCAACAUAUUUCAAUCUGCUCAAGCUUCCCUCUGUAUAUUUGUAGUGAAUCGUUGUGACUAAAAAUGUGAUUGAAUUCCAAGAACAGCUGAAGAUCUUGAAAUCAACCUGCAAACUGCUCUUAGAUAUCAUAUUGGUUGAGUUCAUUCUCUUGCCCAUCAUUCUAUUAAUGACUCCGAAUUGAAAUGUAGCUCUAGCACAAAAUAAAUGUAAUAAAUCUGUGACGUACAAUCAUCACAACAAUAUAUUUUGUUUCACAAUAAAAUCUUAUUAUUUUUUCUGAAGAAAAAAAUAGUUGUUUGUUGUUGAUGCCAUAUAAUUGUAAGUUUGCCAACUAAAAUGAUCAGAUAUGCUAUUAAAAAUGAGUCUGUUUUGUUUGUGUGCAAUAACGGCACAAUAGGAUUGUAGGACAAUAAAGGUUGCCAAAUUCUUCCA